AUGGGUUCCAUCCCUGAGAUCGAAACAGCAUCCGUGGCUGGCAUUAUCGAUAUCAGAAGCGAUUCCGAUGGCUUUGAACUGAAGCAACUCAUCAAGAACGGCCUCGGCUGCAAGAACGAGCCAGAGAAGACACUUCCAACGCUUCUACUUUACGAUAACAAAGGUCUGAAGCUGUUUGAGCAAAUUACUUACCUGGAAGAGUAUUAUUUGACAGAUCAGGAGAUCGAAGUGUUGACCAAAUAUGCGAGUCGUAUCGCUGAUCGGAUACCAUCGAAUGCCAUGCUUGUUGAACUCGGUAGUGGCAACCUGCGGAAAAUCAAAAUCUUGCUCGAUGCACUCGAUCGUGCAGGAAAGAAGAUCUCCUACUAUGCCUUGGACCUGAUGAAGUCAGAGCUAGAACGCACAUUGGCUUUCGUACCGCCUGGAACCUUCAAGCAUGUGCAGUGCUACGGUCUCUGGGGCACCUACGACGACGGACUGGAAUGGCUCAAGCGGCCUGAAAAUGCUGGCAAGCCAAAGACCAUUCUUUCACUUGGUUCCUCUAUCGGAAAUUUCACCCGCGAGGAGGCUGUGGGAUUUGUCUCACAAUUCGCCGCCAUCCUAAGCGAACAAGAUUCCUUCAUCAUCGGCCUCGAUGCAUGCCAAGAUCCGAACCAAGUAUACCAUGCAUACAACGACAUGGAUGGGGUCACCCACAACUUUACUAUGAAUGGUCUUCAUCAUGCAAACAGCUUACUCGGCCACGAGGCAUUCCGCCUUGCUGACUGGAAAGCCCACGGAGAGUACGACCAAGAAUGCGAACGACACCGUGCCUUCGUGGUUCCAGUGCGAGACACUGAAGUCCUAGGAUACUGCAUAAACGAGGGCGAAAAAGUGCGGAUCGAAGAGAGCUACAAGUAUAACAUGGCACAAUCCUCGCAUUUGUGGUCUCAAGCUGGCGUCAUAGAAGCAGCGACAUGGUCCAAUCAAACACAGGAUUACGCUCUGCACAUGCUCACCAGGCCGGUCAGUAUGUUUUCAGGGAAGCCCGAGAAAUAUGCCGCACACCCUGUGCCAAGCCAGGACGAUUGGAACGGUCUUUGGCAUGUGUGGGAUAGAGUCACAAGGCAAAUGAUCCCGGAUGAAGAACUUCGUGAGAAGCCGAUCAAGCUGAGAAAUGCUUGUAUUUUUUACUUGGGCCACAUCCCAACAUUCUUUGAUAUCAAGUUGGGCGAAGCUACUGGACUACCACCUAUUGAACCAGCAUACUUCCGAAACAUAUUCGAGCGCGGAAUCGAUCCCGAUGUUGAUGACCCGUCGAAGUGCCAUGCUCAUAGCGAGGUUCCUGAUGACUGGCCAGAAUUGGGAGUCAUCUUGAAGUAUCAAGAGGACGUCCGAGAGCGGGUGAACGAUUUGUACAAGUCUGGUCAGGCUUACAAUGACAACUGGACUGGUCGAGCAUUGUGGCUUGGAUUCGAACAUGAAGCAAUGCAUCUGGAAACACUGCUGUACAUGCUCAUCCAAAGUGAGAAAACGCGUCCACCAGAAGGCACUGUGGAGCCAGACUUUGAGCAGCUGGCUGCUCGUUCCAAGAAAGAAAGUGUCCCUCUGCGAUGGUUCAAUGUUCCGGAACAAAUCGUAAGAAUCGGAACCGACGACCCCGACACGCCCGACGGACCAGUGCGAUAUUUCGGUUGGGAUGUUGAAAGUCCAUCGUAUACCUCGAAGGUGAAGGCUUUCCAGGCGGCCGCUCGUCCAAUUACGAAUGGCGAGUACGCCAAGUAUCUGAGUGUCACGAAAGGAAGCCAAAUCCCGGCCUCCUGGGUCGUGCACAACAAGCGCGAUAGUGCUAUCAAUGGCCACACUAACGGCGUCAACGGCCACGUUGAUGCUCACGAUGAUGCUGAGCUGCAGCACUUCGUCGAUGGCAAGUAUGUGCGCACAGUAUAUGGUCCAGUUCCAUUGAGUCUGGCUCUCGAUUGGCCAGUCUCAGCUUCGUAUGACGAGCUCAAAGGUUGUGCUGCUUACAUGGGAGGUCGUAUCCCAACCAUGGAGGAAGCCCGAAGCAUCUACGAGUAUGCAGCCACGCUCAAGACACGCGAGGCGGGCAAAAAUCUCGGCAAGACGAUUCCAGCAGUGAACGGUCAUCUGGUCAACGAUGGUGUCGAGGAGACUCCGCCAUCCAAGGCUUUGAUCAACGGGACCAGCAUUCCAGCUGGUCCUGACCCAACUGAACUCCACGUUGACCUUGACGAGGCCAAUGUAGGGUUCAAGCACUGGCACCCGAUGCCAGUCACUUCAGCCGGAGAUAAAUUGGCUGGCCAGGCUGAGAUGGGGGGUCUGUGGGAAUGGACCAGCUCAGUCUUGGAGAAGCGUGAGGGCUUCCAGCCGAUGACUCUGUAUCCGGCUUACAGUGCCGACUUCUACGAUGAGAAGCACAAUAUCGUACUUGGCGGUUCUUGGGCCACUCAUCCAAGGUUCGCUGGGAGGAAGUCAGUGAUCAAUUGGUAUCAGCGCAACUAUCCAUUCGUCUGGGCGGGUGCGCGCUUGGUCAAGGAUCUGUGA